UCUCAUGUCCCUCUCUUAAUGCUAGAUGUUAAUUUAAACCAAACUUGACAUCUUUUUCUUACCCAUUACUCAUCCAAAAACUUCCAAUAUUACAAACACUAACUCCUUAUCUCUUCUACAUUGAAAUGAAACACUUAAAGAAUUCACUAUCAUGCACAAACCCUUUCUGUUUCUUUUGCACCAUGGAUGAACCAAACCCAUCACUCAGAAACCCUAAAAUUGCUCAAUGUUUCAAAGAAAUGCCACUUAAAGAUAACCAAGAUCAUGUCUUGGUCUUAAGUAGUAUAUGGAACAUUGCCAUGUCUCAACCAAAUGACCCACAAUUUCCAUCUCUAGGCAUUUUUGAUUGCAUGGGGAAACUUAUAGGAAAAGGCAUCAAAAACAAAGAAUGGCUUCUCAAAGACCAAAAUAUUUAUAUUCCAUACUAUGCGGCUCAUAUAAUUGGCUCUUAUACAAUGAACAAUGCGGAAUCUGCAGAAAAAGCUGUUACUUCUGGUGUGGUUUUGCCUCUAAUGGAACUUCUUAGAGGAAAAAUCACUUGGGUAGAGCAACGAGUCGCCGUUCGAGCAUUAGGUCACAUUGUAAGCCAUGAAAGAAUCUUUCAAGGUAAUGUUAUUGUUGAAUAUGAAGUUGAAAUGACAAAAUUAGCCAUGGAAUUAGCUUGUAAUUGUCUCAACACAGUCUACAAAAGUUUUCUUGGAGUGCAAGAAAGUAAAAGACUGAAGUACCAUUGUGACCUACUUACAAGAGGGCUUGGAGGGGAAGACAUAGAGAAUAAGAAGGCAGAGGAAUGGGCUAUUCAAUUACAGUUAUGGUCAUUAUAUCUUUUAAACUGUUUUGCUUGUCAAGAAAGAUAUUCAUGUCUUAACUUGAUCUGCAAGAAACAAUUCUUGAAAGAAUUGUGUGGCAUGUGGGGGGGAGUAUUAGGGCACAAAAAAUCACCUGGUGGGAUUGGAGUUUUAAGAACUCUAUGCAACACAAAAAUUGGAAGAGAAAAUAUAGCAAAUUGUGAAGAAAUCAUAUUAAGUCUCUGCAACACAUCAAGAACUUCAAUUGAUUGGCAAUAUUUGGCUAUAGAAUCUCUUAUUUUACUUCUUAAAGACAAAGAUACAAAAUUUAAAGUCUUGGAAAUAUCAGCUUCAUUUCUUUCUGAUUUGGUUGAACAUAGAAAAAUUGGUGAAGCAAUAACACAAGCAUUAUUACAAGAUUACCAUAAGAUCAAAUAUGGAUUCUUGAAUUUAAAGAGUAAAAUUCAAGAAGAAGCACUGAAGGAAAUAUGGGAAUUGAAGGUAGAAAGAAGAAAAAAAGAGGAGAUAAUUUCUGAACAAGAAUUGGAAGAGAGAAAAAACUUAACUCGGAUUUUGAAGCAACAAGGAAACGAGGAAUUUCGAUCUGGUUUUAUCGAAAAAGCUGUAAUGGAGUACACAAAAGCUUUGAAUUUUUGUCCAUUAAAGAUGAGAAAAGAGAGAAUAGUUCUUUAUAGUAAUAGAGCUCAAUGUUAUUUAUUACUUAAGAAACCAGAAUCUGCCAUUAGUGAUACUACUAGAGCUUUAUGUUUAUCAAGUAAUGCAAAUCCUCAUAAUAAAAGCUUGUGGAGAAGAUCACAGGCUUAUGAUAUGAGAGGGAUGGCUAAAGAAAGCUUGAUGGAUUGUUUAAUGUUCAUCAAUGGCAGAAUGAAAUGUGAAGAGGGAACUAAACAUGUCGAGACGAUCCCUUAUUACGCAACUCGAAUGAUCAACAAGCAAAUGAACGCUACGUGGCUUUUCGGGGAUGGUAAACUAAAGAGCAAAGUUGAAGAAAAAAAUGUAGAGUUAUUCAAUGGAGGAGAGGAGAUGAUGAUGAUGAUGAUAGAGAUCAAAGAGAAGCAAGGUGCAUGAUUGUUCUUAGUCUUCUUUAUUACAUAUUCUAUUGCAAGUUGUUUAAUCAAGGCAUUAUGUUGGUUCUUUAAUUUUGAGGAUUAAUUAUUUGAAUGGUACCUAAAUUUUUAGUAUCGGUACUUAAAUUUCAA